AUGUCAAGAAACAUGAUUCGUUUGGUUAUCGAGGCCGUCGUUGUUGGCGUGGUCAUGAUCCUUGCGGGGUAUCCAUGCGGCCUACUCGCAUCCAAACUUUUGCCGAUGAAAGGUGGUGAUCACCGUCCGGUAAUGUAUCUCAGUCUCUUCCUGACGGGGCUGUCUUCGCACCUGCUUUUUGAGGCGCUCAAAAUCAAUUUGUGGUACUGUUCGAACGGAUUCUCUUGUUCGACGUAG